GGGCUCGGCGGCGGCGGCCACCCCGGCUCCCCGCGGGUCCCCCGGCCCCGCCGCGCCCCGCCCGGAGCCGGGAGGAUGCCCGAGACCGCGCGGGACCCGCCCGGCGCGCCGCCGCCCGCCAAGGACUCCUUCUACAUCAAGAACCUGCUCAACGGGGACCCCCCGAGGGCGCCGCCGCGGCCGCCGCGGCCGCCGUUCGCCCCCUCGGGCGCGGGCAAAGCGGCGGGGGACGCGUUCGCCCUCUCGCAGGUGGGCGACAUCGCCUUCCCCCGCUUCGAGAUCCCCGCGCCGCGCUUCGCGCUCAGCGCCCACUGCCUGGAGCGCGCCCAGACCUGGUGGUACCCGUACGCCCUGGCGCCCGCCGGAGCCCACCUGCCCCGCACCGAAGCCGCGGAGAAGGCGCUGCUGCGGGACGCGUCGCCGGGGUCGGGCACGGAGCGCGACUCUCCGGAGCCGCUGCUGAAGGCGGAGGGGGAGCCGAAGGAGCUGGACUCCAAGAGCCCCGACGAGAUCGUGCUGGAGGAGAGCGACUCGGAGGAGGCCAAGAAGGACGGGGGAGGCGCGGAGGACUGGAAGAAGCGCGAGGAGAGCCCCGAGAAGAAGCCGUGCCGCAAGAAGAAGACGCGCACGGUGUUCAGCCGCAGCCAGGUGUUCCAGCUCGAGUCCACCUUCGACAUGAAGCGCUACCUGAGCAGCUCGGAGCGCGCCGGGCUGGCCGCCUCGCUGCACCUCACAGAGACACAGGUGAAGAUCUGGUUCCAGAACCGCCGGAACAAGUGGAAGCGGCAGCUGGCGGCCGAGCUGGAGGCGGCCAACCUGAGCCACGCGGCCGCGCAGCGCAUCGUGCGCGUCCCCAUCCUCUACCACGAGAACUCGGGCGCAGAGGGCGGCGCGGGCGGCGGCGGCGGCGCCCCCGGAGCGCAGCCGCUCCUCACCUUCCCGCACCCCGUCUACUACUCCCACCCCGUGGUCACCUCCGUCCCGCUCCUGCGGCCCGUCUGAGCCCUCCCGGGGUACCGGGGGAGCCGCGGGAAGAGGGGAAACGGGAACGAAACCGGCGGGAGGGCAAGGAAAGCGCCGACACCGAGAGCGGGGCCGCGUCCAGAGCCCCGCGGCUGCCCCGGCCUCGGUGCCCGGGGACGAAACCGCCGGGGGCUCCGUGGCGUUAGUUUUAUUUUUGUAAUAAAAAGAAACAAAAGAAAAAAAGG